AUGCCUUUUCCCUUCAAGCGUGCCCGCGUGCAACAGGAGCCCUCCGCGUUCUCGCGCUCCAUCCUCGACGCGGUCAAAGCGUUCUACGCGCCCCCCAAACAUGACCGUCGACAGCGCGCGUCUCAACAGGCAGUUGCAGCAGCCGCCGCUGCAACCGCUAACGCCGCGUACGUCCCGGUCCGUCAUCCCCACCGUAUCACCCUCCUGCCCCCCGAGGUGCUCGCCCAUGUCUUCGUGCUCGGUGCGGAGGAGGACGCCAUGUUUCCCGUGACGGUCUCGCACGUCUGCCGCGCCUGGCGCUAUGUCGCGCUACACACCCCGCGGCUCUGGCGGCGGAUUACGCUCGACUCUGGCAGUCUCGCGAUGUGGGCGCAGCGCAUCCACCGCGCCAAGGCGUGUACGCUCGAUGUGCAACUCGCUCCACAGGUCGCCCUCGCCCCUCUUCCGUACUUCAACCACGUCCAGCUAUGCAUGCACACUGUCGCGCCGCACGUCCACCGCUGGCGCUCUCUCGAGGUGCGGUUUCGAGGGUACGCUCCUUUCCUGUGGAACGCCGCCCUCUCCGCUGCUCUCACUCUCAUGUACCCGGACAACGACGACACCAAGGAGUUCGCACUCUUCAACGGGUUUGCCCCUCGCCUGCGUCGAGCGACCAUCCACGGUAUCCGGCUCGUGUGGACGCCCUCCCUGUUCCAGAACCUGACCUUCCUCGACUACACGCACCACGGCUUCACGCGCGGGCCCCACGCGUCCGCCGAAGUGCUCUACAUGCUCCAAGUCUCCAGCAACCUCGAAGACCUCCGGCUCGCGUUCCCCUGGAAGGGCGACGCGCCCUCGCGCUACGCUCUCUCCGCCUCCUUCUCGCGCGCGGUGCACCUCCCCCGGCUCCGCAAGCUCGCGCUCUACGUCGAGGGCCCCGACGUGCCCCCCGCGCUCACCUACGCCCUCCCGCACCUCUCGCUCCCCGCCCUGCGCGCGCUCUUCCUCGUCUCCCCGCCCGCGCGCCACGCGUUCCCCCACCUCCGCACCGUCCUCAAGGCCUUCCCGCGCCUCCCGCCCCUGCACCACCUCCACCUCGCGCACGCCUGGCUCGACGACCGCUUCCUCCCCGCCCUCCUCGCCGCCGUCCCGCCCGGCACCCCCGGCGCGCUCACGCUCACGCUCGAGGGCGCCGCGCUCUCGCACGCGCUCCUCGCGGCCGCGCUCCGGCACGUCGCCCCGCGCCGCCUCCGCGCGCUCGCGCUCGUGCGCGCCCCGGCGCAGCUCACCGCGGACGCGCUCGUCGACGUGCUCGGCCGCGUCGCGGGCGCGCCGCUGCAGCUGCAGGCCGCGGGCGCGGGCGCGUUCCGUCUGCCGCCGCCCCCGCUCGCGGCGGUGUACGUGCGCGACUGCGCGGGCGUGGACUGGCGGUCGCUCGCGUGGCUCCAGGCCGCGGGGAUCGCGCUCAGGGUGUGGGAGGGCGGGCGGGAGGUGGACCUGCGCUACCCGCGCGCGGUGAAGAAGGCGCGCUUUCGCUGA